AUGGUGUUGCCUAAAAUUGGGACAAUGAAGAUUCCGGUGGAGGUGGGAGAACUGAGGAAGGAGCUGGUUAAGGUUCAACAGAGGUUUCAGAUAAGUCUGCCUCAAGAAGGCUACUCCUUUAUAUACAAACAGAAUGUGAUGGAGGAUGACCGGUCAUUCCGGUGGCACCACGUUGAUAACGGUGAUACAAUUGAGAUUUUCAAUCGAAGUGUUUCUGGCGGAUCUUAA